AUGUCAAUCACCACACCAGUCACCCAACUGCUGGGGAUCCGCCACCCCAUCCUGCUAGCAGGCAUGGGCCAGACAUCGGGCGCUCCGCUCGCAGCGGCCGUGUCGAAUGCCGGCGGGUUGGGCGUCAUCGGCGGCGUGGGCUACACGCCGCAAAUGCUGCGGGAAAUGAUUGAUGAAUUGAAGGCCGGUCUGAAGGAUCCGUCCUUGCCGUUCGGCGUCGAUCUCCUGAUCCCGCAAGUCGGCGGAAACGCCCGGAAGACCAAUACCGACUACACGAAGGGCAAUCUCGACCAGCUCGUGGACAUCAUCAUCGCGGGCGGGGCGAAGUUGUUUGUCUCGGCUGUCGGCGUUGCGCCCAAGCACGUCGUCGAGAAGCUCCACAAGAACGGCAUCCUGUACAUGAACAUGAUUGGACAUCCGAAGCACGUGCGCAAGGCAUGUCAGGCGGGCGCGGAUAUCAUCUGCGCCCAGGGAGGAGAGGCGGGCGGCCACACGGGCGACACGGCGACGAGCGUCCUUGUCCCCGCCUGCGCCGACCUCGUCAAGCAGUACACCUCGCCACUGACGGGUCAGCCGGUCCAGCUGGUGGCGGCGGGAGGUAUCUGCGACGGCCGCGGCAUCGCAGCCGCACUCAUGCUCGGCGCGUCGGCCGUGUGGGUGGGCACGCGCUUCGUCACGGCCAAGGAAUCCGGGGCCCCGGAAGCGGCCAAACGCGCCAUCAUCGACGCCGACUUCGACAGCACGAUCAAGUCGACCAUCUGGACGGGACGGCCUCUGCGGGCUCUCGCAACGCCGUACGUGCGGAACUGGGAGACGAACCGGAGCGAGGAGAUCCGGAAGCUGACGGGCAGCGGCAUCAUCCCGCUGCAGCAUGAACUGGAUCACUUGGAGAAGAUCGGCGGCAUCACAGAGGAGAUUGAUGACCAGAGCACGCUGAGGCCGAUGGGACAGGUGUCUGGGCUGGUGAACACGCCGAACCAGACCGCCGAGGAGAUCGUCCGGGAGAUGAUGGACGGUGCUGUGAAGGUGCUGCAGAGCGCGCAGGGGUACUUGCGGGUCGGGUCGAAGCUCUAA